GAGGGAAGCGCUUUCACAAUUUCUUUUCAUUGUUCAUUGCGGAUAUCUGUAAGCCCUCCAGGUCCCCUGAAUGUAGGAGACGCUUCAGCAGCCGUCUCUUACCCCUUUUGCCACUAAAUGCUUCCAAAUUGCCUUUUUUCUUCGCCGCCAGGCCAGGCGGAACGCCUAACUCCGGAUCAGUCUUGUCAGUCGGCGGAGGUGGCGCGGUGCAUAGUGGGCACUGUAGUUUCCGCCGCGUUUAUGGCUGCGUUAAGCUUGAGUGCCGCGUUGAGUUGUUGAAUGAAGUGAACUUCGUUUGUCAGCGAUAGGUUCAUGAACUGCAAUGUAAGAGGCACCAGAGGAUUCCUGCUCUGUCCCCUGGUUUGCGGCUUUCGACGUUGGACAUCCCCGGAUUGUUGUUUGAUAGAGAAAAGUCACCUGCCUUCUUGCUAUUAAGUAACCCCAAAAGCAGAACUUUGAUUUGUCUGUAAGGAAGAAACACAAAUCUUCUUUUAAAAAGCUGCACUUCGACUCUCCACCGCGACCCCCAAUCCCUUUAAUUUUGCUAUAGAAAAGGGUUUUUUCCCAACAUUUUUCUCACUAUCUGGUGCUGAUCUCACUGCAUAAUGACUUUCUAUUUGUUUGGUAUUCGAAGCUUUCCUAAGCUUUGGAAGAGCAACUCAUACCUUGGGCUAGGCCCAGGGCACUCUUGUGUCUCUCUCUUUCUUUCAGACAGCUGUGGCAUCAGGAACCAACAGAGGUUGUUUUCUCUUAAAACAAUGUCUCCACAGAAUACCAAAGCAACGAAUCUGAUUGCCAAGGCCAGAUAUCUCAGGAAAGAGGAGGGCAGUAAUAAGCAAGUUUCUUCUGUUCCUCAUUUUUUUUCAGCUGGAGCAGCUAAGAAGAGAUCACAGAUGAAUCCUGAAAGUAAAGAUCAUGCCUUGCCACCUGUGAGGAACACUAUUAAACUCCCAACACAACCUUUGAAUUCAGAGGAGUGGGAUAAACUUAAGGCAGAUUUCAAAGGAAAGACCAGUUUUGAAAGAUGGAUCAUUUCACAGAUGGCUAACUGUCAUAGCUCUGUAGAUGUGGCUAAAUCUCUGCUGGCAUGGGUAGCAGCAAAAAAUAAUGGUAUAGUAAGUUAUGAUUUACUGGUCAGAUAUUUGUAUCUCUGUGUCUUUCAUAUGCAGACAUCUGAAGUUAUUGAUGUCUUUGAAAUUAUGAAGACCAGAUAUAAGACUUUAGAACCUGGAGGUUACAGUCUUCUCAUCCGGGGAUUGAUCCAUUCAGACAGAUGGAGAGAAUCAUUGUUGCUGUUAGAGGACAUCAAAAAAGUUAUGACUCCUUCUAAAAAGAACUAUAAUGACUGUAUCCAGGGAGCUCUCCUUCAUCAAGAUGUAAACACAGCUUGGAAUUUGUAUCAGGAAUUGCUAGGUCAUGAUAUUGUUCCUAUGUUGGAAACUUUAAAAGCUUUCUUUGAUUUUGGAAAAGACAUAAAGGAUGAUAAUUAUUCAAAUAAACUACUAGAUAUUCUUUCAUAUCUAAGAAAUAAUCAGCUGUAUCCAGGGGAAUCAUUUGCACACAGUAUAAAAACAUGGUUUGAGAGUGUUCCUGGAAAACAAUGGAAAGGACAAUUCACCACAGUCCAAAAAAGUGGCCAGUGUUUGGGCUGUGGAAAAACCAUAGAGUCUAUUCAGCUGAGUCCAGAAGAAUAUGAAUUUCUUAAGGGAAGAAUCAUGAGGGAUGUGAUAGAUGGAGGUGACCAGUACAAAAAGACAACGCCUCAGGAACUUAAGAGAUUUGAGAACUUCGUAAAAUCUUGUCCUCCUUUUGAUAUUGUCAUUGAUGGCCUCAAUGUUGCCAAAAUGUUUCCUAAAGCUCGUGAAUCUCAAGUUCAAUCAUCCUGGGCUCUCCCUUCACCAUCCUCUGGGGGAUUCCCAUUACCGCUCUCCUGUAUUGGAACUCCAGUUUCCUGUCUUCCUCUUUCUUGGAUUAGUCUCUUUAGUGAAAAAUUCUCCAGGAGCUUCUCAAAGAAGGAUACAUGGGAGCUCUUGAAUGUCGUCUCUCAACUAGCCAAACAGAAUCUGCGACUGCUAGUCCUAGGCCGGAAGCACAUGUUAAGACAGAGUUUCCGAUGGAGAAAGGAUGAGAUGGCAGAGGUGCAAAAGCAAGCCAGCUGUUUUUUUGCUGAUAACAUCUCCAAGGAUGAUCCAUUCCUUCUGUAUGCCACACUGCACUCCGGGAAUCACUGCAGGUUUAUCACAAAAGACCUGAUGCGGGACCACAAGGCCUGUCUGCCUGAUCCCAAGACCCAACGCUUGUUUUUUAAGUGGCAGCAGGGACAUCAGCUGGCAAUUAUAAAUGGGUUUCCAGGAUCAAAACUGACCUUUCAGCAUAUUCUCAGCUAUGACACAGUGGUGCAAACAACUGGAGACUCGUGGCACAUACCAUAUGAUGAAGACCUGGUAGAAAGAUAUUCCUAUGAAGUACCAACCAAAUGGCUUUGCCUCCACCAAAAGACAUAGAGACUCUUACCUCUAUGCUAAGUUUGUGUUUGGGUACCCUCUGGGUUGGCAUCAGAGGCUCUUGAGUUGGUGUUUGUUUAGAGCAUUGCCUCUAUCCUGAGGAUAAAAUGAUUCUAUUAACAGUGUUGACAUUGAUUUUUUAAUGAAAUGAGAUAAAAUAUCUUUUCAUAGCCAGCUGCAUUUUUUUCCCCUAACAUUUGUUUUUGGAGGCUUAUCAAGAGUUGGAGAACUCAGUGUAGAGCAAAACCUACAUUUCUCCUACUGGGCCAGCUAUUCCACUUAGCUUAGGUGACAAGUAGUGCUUUUGUUAUCCAUUUUUUGCUAUUUCUGACCUUGCCUUCCAGGCCUACCAAUAGCAGAACCAAUCCAUCUGUCCCUGAGAUACUCAUGUUGUUUCAAAUCCCUUCUCUCUCUUCUGACAUAGUCUCAUUCUCUAUAUGUUAUGCCCUAUCCACGUGGAAUCAUUUAUCGUCCUCUGUAAUGAGAUGGCCAAGAUACUAAAAGCUUACUAUUAA